UAAUCUAUUUCUAUUUCCAUAUGUUUGGUUUCUAAAAUUUUGAAGACUAGCAGGGUUUUUCUCUUCCCUGUCUCUCUCUCCAUCUCUCUGUUCCCCCAAUUUAUCAGGGUUGGUUCUGGAUCCUUUAUAUUUUACUGCAAAUUCGGGUCGAUUUGAUAAAAAGGGGUUUUUGCGGAUACUGCAACUGGGGUUUGAGGAUGCUGCUUGGGAUGGACGGGUAAGAGUGAGGUAGAUUUGAGUUUGCUGGUUUGGAUUGUCUGAACAUUUCCCUUUUUUAUUUUGGGGGUUUAAUCUUUGAGUUACUCUACUCUGGUGUUUGGCUGAGCCCAUUUGGGGAUGUGAAUUGAAGGCAGAGAAAAUAAUUGGGUUUUCAAUUUUUGCUUUGAGGCAUUUGCUUUCUAUGGAAAUUAGAUUCUGAGGGAAGAAAGAAUUUUCAGUAAUAUUAAGGGGUUUUUUGAUUCACCUAUCCUUGGAUGUACCCUUGUGCCUUUUGCAACAACUGAUAUAUUGCCUGAUUUGAUUUAAGAUUUGUUUAGCGAGAGAGAAUGGAAGAGGAGUUCAUUUCCGUGGCGGGAAGCAACAACUUGCAUUCCGGAAACGGCACCAAUCCCAAAGACCCCCUAUGUGCAGAAAUGGAAUCCAACAAUAACGGAAUUGGGCAUCCAAAGGAUGCAAGUGAAAAUUUUUCCUCAGAAAACGGUGAGGGAAGUAAUGUUGUGUUCUCAAGAGAGGCACCCCUUGUAAGUAAAGACUCAAGAACUUCAGGAGGUUGUAGCUGCAGCCCUAAGAAACUCAAAUCCAGGAUGGUUGUAACAGACUCAGAGCCUGGGAAGAAGGAUAAGGUUGGGAAUGAGAAGAAACUCAGUAGACAAGAUAGGAUUGAGCUGGGACGAAUGUUUCAGGGUGCUGUGAGCUCGCAUGAUUGGGAGCUCGCUGAGAGUUUAAUCUUAUUAGCUGAUCCGCAUACGCUUAAUGAUGCUCUAUGCAUCUCCUUGGACUCCAUUUGGUUCUUGAGCACUCAAGAAGAACUUCAUGGGAUCACGAGUUUAAUUAAGAAGAUCAUUUCUAAUGGUGCAUACGAUUUCACAAGAGCUGCCCUAAGAACUUCAUUUCUUGCUUCAUGUGUUUCUGCUUGCCAGAGUAGAACAAUGAGCCUUGCAGAUACAGUAACUGUAAUGGCCCAAAGGUUGCAUGAGCGUCUUCAGGAAUGCAAUGGGGAUGAAGUCUUGAAGGCAGAAGCAGGUGCCAAGGUCCAAAAGUUUACUGAAUGGGCUCUAAAGUGUAUUGGCUUCCAUUCUCGUUGCCAGGGCAAUAGGGAUAGAGUGAGUCACAGUUCAGCAAUCGAGAUCCAACUCCAGUUAUCCGCAUUCAAGAUGUUCUUAGAUCUUGCUGGCAACCACCUUACUGGGAAGGACUUCACAGAGGCCUUUGAUGCAGCUUGUUUCCCUCUCACUCUCUUCUCUAGCUCGUUUGAUCCUGGUUGGGCAUCUGGGAUAUCAGCAACAGCAAUCCAAGGACUGCUGGGUAUGUUGGUAGAGGGGGGUGCAGAUAAUGUGAACCAAUGCUUUCUUGAAGCCUCUCGUUUUGGGAGCACAGAGCUUGUUAGAAUCUUAUUGCAGAUUGCCCAAAGGAACAGCUUGGAUGUUGAUGUUGACUUGGCUUUGGGCUUUGCUUCACACUAUUGCAAGAUUGGUACAAUGGAGUGUCUAGUGGAAGAAGGUAAUGCCAUAGCCUUCCUGGGCCCAUUGAUGAGAGCAGCUGAAAGGGGUUGUAUGCAGGUUGUACAAUGGUUUGUGAGAAGGGGCUGCCGAGACAUGGACCUUUGCCUUGCUCUUACAGCUGCUACUUCCAGCAGUCAAGUCGGGAUUGCUGCCUAUCUCCUCCCUCAUGUCCCUCAGCAUGUCCUUGCAGCCCUCAGCAUAGAAAUUCUCAAGGCUGCUGGUGAACGAAGUGGUGGUUCUCUUGAUGGUGUAGCAUUUCUCCUCCGUUCUGACUUCUUGGGUGACCCUGCUGCUACUUAUGCUGUUGCAGACAGCAUUGCUAGGUCUGAUGACGAGGCUGUUGCUCCUGAGCUAAGGGCUUUUCUGCGGCAGAACUGGUCAGAGGCUGCUUUCUUGGAUGGGUUGAGGGAAGGACAAGAACAUUACAUGAAUAUAUUAAGGAUCUUGAAAUGGGGUGAAUCUCCUAUUUGCUUGAGGGAUCUCCCAGGCCCCCUUUUGGUAGCAAUAGCAUACCUGCCACUGUAUAGGGAGUGCGUUGAGGCUAGUGGCUGCUUGUUAUCGCAACGACUAAGGGGACAGCUUGUGGAAGCAGUGAGAAGGCUUGGAAGUGGGCCGUUAGAAGAGGUGAAGCAGGGCAGGGAGCUCCUGGCUAUUUUGAAGCAUCAUCUCCCACCAUUUUUGCUCUCUGUUUCCAGCAUUGGUUAGCAAGAUCUUGUGUUGGAACUUUCCCAUUUUCGCACCUCCUUUUUCCUCCUGAUAUGUCAUAGAUAAUAAUUUGAUUUUACCCCGGGUUUAAGGUGACAAAGCAAUUAAGGUUUGUCAGUUUUCUUUCCUUCCAUGUGAUUGGCUAAUGUCUGAUGAAGCCUACCUGCACUAGCUUCUAAAUCAUAUUUUGUCAUAUUUUGGAUGUGCAUGUAAAGUAUAUAUGUAAGACAGAGAGCAACUAUUAUCAGAAGGUUCAAAUAUGACGAUAUGUAUAUUGGCUGGUAUCAUCUUUCUCUAGGCUAUGCCCCUGCUUUUCCAAUGUUA